ACUGGCCUGCUGGUCUUGGCCAGAAUUCUUUGGCGUAGUGUUAGUAUUCCUUUCGUAAAGCUUUCAACUCAUUUACUCUCAUCGCAUCGUGGCUGAAACCAAGCAACUGCUUAUAGAAAGUAAAUAUUCUGGAUUCAAGCAAGCCUAUGAAUACGCUGUUACUCAUCAAUGAACAGUUCAAAAGGAGAAUAUUGUUCAAGUACUACUCGAACAUGUCUCCAAAACUAAUUAUAAAACCUGGUCCAACAUGAAUUUGUUGCUUUAUAUCUCUCGCUCUUUUCAUCUUACCAAUGGACCCAACGAGAUGGAUAUACUGAAGGAAUUGCUUUGUAAUGUCUGGAGACUCAAGGCAAAUGACACCAAAUGUAAACCUUCCGUCAUCUCAAGAGCGAACAUACUUUGCAGUGUUGUUGGUAGUGCUUUGAAGUCAAGACCAGCAAGUUUGUUAAUUGAAGCCAAUGUAGAGAAACAAUCAGAGGCUUCCGCCAAGAGUCGUUUAACGACAUCUAUCACAGAUCAAAUCGGUGUCUCGUCUGGUGCUAUCGCCUCUUCAUCAUCACCAUCGUCUGCUGCUGCUGCUGUUGCCUCACCACUACCAUCAUCAUCUGCUAUUUCAAAAGAAUUGAGUCUUUACAAAAAGGCUGGUUUUCUUGUGGAUAGUUGUGGUUCGAAAGAUAUUUUUGAUUUUAGACACUGCAGCAUUAUUCCUCAAAGAUUAGAAGCUAUAACCCAUAGGAUCACGAAAAAGCUGCAUGUAUUUCUUAUCCUGCUACUCAAGGCUGAAGAGCAUGCACUCAAAAAAAAAAAAAUGGACGAUUUUAUUGAAAGUAUUGAAUCAAUCAGUGUUGUUGAAAGUGCUGAUGAACUAGUUUUUAUCAAAAUGCUGGUGGAGAAGUUAGGGAUCACAAUGGAUGCUGGUAUUGAGGUUUGUGUAUACAGUGAGGCAUUUGAUCUCUUAUUUCUGUCAAGCAAUUUCUUUGAAAGCAAACGAUUUGAUUUCAUUUUAGAGUCCAACUCUAACGACAGGUAUUUCGAGCAGUUGUUCUGCGAAGAUAAAUCCAAGGAAAAAAAAUCUGAAGUCGACAUCGAAAGGGCAGAUCUCGUGAGAAGUAGCUCCUUGAAGUAUUGGUUGACCCUACUCCUUUACAAAGAUUAG